GUGAAACACAAACCCGUUAUCGGCCAAGUAAGGCGUGAUCGCCUAGUGUCUCGCGUCAUCCACCACAUCUCAUGCGGGGUACACCAAGUACAUCCCAGAUGUAUAAAUGACACGCCCAUCUUAUUCCUGCAACCAGCCAGCCCCUCAUAAUAACUACACUUCACCAUGCCGACCGAAUUCAUCAGUCUCACCUUCCCCAACGCCUCCACGGAGGUCGCGCCCAUCCCCAACGCGGGCAUUGACCCCGACUACCUCGUGCGUUACGCACGCGCCCUCGACGACUAUGGCUACAACUACACCCUCGUACCCUACGACUCCUCCUACUUCGACCCUUUCACCAUCGGCGCUACCAUCGCCUCCGUGACCAAGAACCUCAAGGUCAUCAUCGCCCUCCGCCCCAACACCCUCUACCCCACCGUCGCCGCCAAAGCCCUGGCCACCCUUGACCAACUCAGUCGAGGCCGUGUCGUGGUCCACUUCAUCGCCGGCGGCAGCGACGCCGAACAAGCCAAGGAAGGCGACUUCCUGAACAAACAACAACGAUACGGCCGGCUGGAGGACUACAUUAAAAUCCUCCGUCGGGCAUGGGAAUCCGACGAGCCCUUCGACUGGGAAAGCGAGUAUUACACCUUCAAGCAGUUCAGUAACCGGGUCCGUCCCGUCAACGGAACCAUCCCCGUCUCCGUCGGCGGAUCCUCCGACGAAGCGUAUCGCGUGGGCGGCUCACUCGCCGACAUCUUCGGUCUCUGGGGCGAACCCCUCAAGGAAACCAAGGAGCAGAUCGAUCGGAUUUAUGCCGAGGCGGAGCGCGCAGGUCGUGCGCCCAACGACCGGCCGCGCAUCUGGGUGACUUUCCGGCCGAUUAUUGCUGAGACAGAUGAUCUUGCCUGGGCCAAGGCGCAUCAGACGCUGGAUAAGUUGAAGGAGUAUCGUGCGAACGGACAGGGUAAGGCUCCCCCGAAUGCUCCGCCGCCGCAGAAUGUGGGGUCUCAGCGAUUGUUGGAUAUUGCGGCGAGGGGAGAGGUGCAGGAUCGCGCGCUGUGGUAUCCGACUGUGACGGCGACGAAUGCGCGGGGCGCGUCAACGGCGUUGGUGGGAUCGCCGCAGACGAUCAGUGAUUCGAUUCUGGAUUAUGUGGAUCUGGGGGCGGAGUUGAUCUCCAUCCGUGGGUAUGAUAACCUGAAUGAUGCGAUUGAUUAUGGGCGGUAUAUUUUGCCGAGAGUGCGGAAGGAGUUGAAGGAGCGGGAGAAUGGUCAUUAAGG